AUGCUAGUGCUCUGGACUGCGCGAGAGGUUAGGAGGCGGGUCUGGGAUGGUGUUGUUGGUGAUCCAUUGGUUUCACAUCGGCUUAGGGAGCAAGGAGUAAGGACGCGAGCGAAUAAGAAGGAGAGGCGAGGUCCUUCUGUGGAGACGGACAAAAAAGCAAUGAGCUCACCGCUUGAUGGCGAAAUGAAGCAGCAGAGGAAUGGGAAGAGGAAACGAAAUCAUGCGCAGAAUAGUGACUACGGGAAUGCGAAAAGACGCUCGGUGAAAGAGGAGAGAGAUGAUAGUACGGAUGUGCAAGACGACGAGCAGCAGCCCGGUUCCAGCAGCAGCAGCACUGAGGUGCCGCACCUCGCCGACAACUUCACCAGUACCGCUAAGGUUGCUGAUUUAAAAUGCUUUGAGCGCUACUGA